AUGAUCACCACAGCACACAGCCGGCAGCAGCACCAUGCCUUCGAGAAGAGCCCUGGCAACAACCACAUGAAGAGCAUCGACAGGAAGCUGCAGCAGGCCAUGAACCAAGCGGCCAGCAAGUACAUGCAGAGGAUCUACCCGCUGGGCAUCCAGAGGAGCAGCUCCAACCUCACAUUGUCGUCCCUCUCGCUGUCGCAGAACUCCAACGACUCCUCCAUCAGCAGCUCCAACUCCAGCUGGGAGCCCAAGGUGCCGCUGCUCUAUGGCGGCACCUUCAGCCCCUGGGGCGAGGUGAUGGUGUCUCGGGAGAUGAGGCGAGAGGAUGAUGACAAGGUCAGUGACCAUGACGUCGAAGGAGGUGAGGAGGACUUCGACUGCAGUGAACCAGGGAGCUUGCAUAGGUGCAGCUGGAUCACCAAGAACAGUGACGAGGCGUACGUUCAGUUCCACGACGAGUGCUGGGGCGUCCCUGUGUACAGCGACAACCGGCUGUUCGAGCUUCUGUCGCUGUCAGGGAUGCUGAUCGACCACAACUGGACGGAGAUCCUCAAGCGGCGAGACAUGUACAGGGAGGCGUUCGCCGACUUCGACCCCAGCGCGGUGGCGAGGAUGGACGAGGACGACGUCGCGGAGAUCAGCGGCAACAGGGAGCUGAGGCUCGCCGAGUGCAGGGUCCGGUGCAUCGUGGAGAACGCCAAGUGCAUCCAGAAGGUGGCCAGGGAGUUCGGCUCCUUCAGCGGCUACAUGUGGGGCCACGUCAACCACCGACCGGUGGUGGGCAAGUACCGGCACCACAAGUACAUCCCGUUCCGGACGCCCAAGUCGGAGGCGGUGAGCAAGGACCUCGUCCGCCGGGGGUUCCGCCUCGUCGGCCCCGUCAUCGUCUACUCCUUCAUGCAGGCCGCCGGCAUGGCCAUCGACCACCUCGUCGACUGCUUCCGCUUCCACGACUGCGUCCGCCUCGCCGAGCGCUCCUGGGGCAUCACCAACGUCGCCGCAUAG